AUGCAUUUGGGUUAUGUGUUUCAGAUGAUGUCGCCCUCUGCUGGAUCAUCAAGUUCUGCAAGAGCCAUAGCUCUAAGGAUUAAGGCUGUGGCAAUGAAACGAUCGAGGACAAAACCAGCAACACCAAUUCCGGCAAUUGAAGGGGCUGAGACAUCAACCAAAAAGGCUGCCAAUCCCAUAUCUAAAACUACCAAAAAAGCAGCCUCUCCCAAGAAGUCUAAUACUACAUCAACAGUUGCCUCUCCCAAGAAGGGUCGGACUACCAAAAAGGCUGCCUCUCCCAAGAAGGGUCGGACUACCAAAAAGGCAGCCUCCCCCAAGAAGUCUCGGACUACCAUGACUAUAACUGCUAAGUCCAACAAAGCUGUGUCAUCAACCAAGUCAACGAACAAGUCUGUUUCCAGUAAGACCAAGAAGUCUGAGGAGGAUGAUGAUGAAAACAGAACUGGUGGAUUGAAGUUGCUGAAGCGAGGAAUGGUUACGAUGAGCCGCAUUACAAACAGGCUUAUCCGAGGAAAGAGGCUCACUGUGAAGUUUAAUGAAAAAGGAGAACCUGUUGGUAAGGCUGCAAAAGAAAUGCAGUCUUACAUUGGGGUGUUGGCACGUACGAAGAUCCCUAUCUCAAUAAAUGAUUGGAGAGAAGUGGAUCUAGAUGAAAAGGAAAAGAUAUGGGAAUCUAUAAAGGAUGCAUUUGUGGUGCCUAAAGAGCUUAAAAAAAUGGUGAUUUCAUCUGCUGCAACUAAAUGGAGAGAGUUCAAGAGCAAGUUAACAAACGUGUACAUCAUCCCUUAUAUGGAUGAACCAGAACUGUUAGAAAAUCCUCCAGAUGAUUACCGAAGCAUAACGAAGGAUACUUGGCACCAGUUUGUUGCUGAUAGGCUUUCAGCUACCUUCCAGGAAAUACGUGAAGCCCAAAUUGCAAAGCGAAAGGAGAAUAAAUAUCCUCAUCGUAUGUCACGCAAAGGUUAUGCAAAUUUAAUGGAAGAACUGUCUGAAAGUGUCCCUUUAGAAGAACUUGAUAGAGCUACAAUGUGGAUCAAGGCUCGGCAAGAUAGGAAUGGCAACUUCAAACAACCUGAGGUAGAGAAGAAAGCCGAAAAAAUUGAACAUUUAAGGAAAAGGGAGGCUGAAGGGGAAAUUGCCACAUCUGGGUCUGAUGAUGUGCUCACUCUUGCAUUGGGGAAUCCGGAGCAUAGAGGUAGGGUUAGAGGUGUUGGUGGCAAUGUCAAGCCCGAUUUAUAUUUCAACUUGCCAAAACGCCAAAAGAUGACUUUUGAACAGAGGACUAGGUUAUCGCUAAAGAAGAUACUAGAGGAGGAGAAGGAAGUUUUGUUAGCUAAGGAAAGAACUGCAUGGGAGGAGGAGAGGGAUAGAAAACAUGCUGAGGAGAGAGCUGAGGAGAGAGCUUAUUGGACUGAGAGGAUUGCGAAGCUAGAAGCGAAGGUCAAUGGGAAGGAGCUGCCUGUUGAGUCCCCCAAACCUGUCACAGCAGUUAAUGAGCUUGGUUCAGGACAAGGGAGUUGUUCUCGCCAUGGGGAGAAGGCUGCGGAGAAGGCUGCACAUGAUAAUAUUGAAGCUGAGGUGAAGGGUGUGAAGAAGAAGUUGGUUUUAAGAGAUGAAGUGAGCAUCGAGGUUGAAGAGGAAAUUGUGCAGCCCAGUGAUGAGAGGGUACGGUUAAACCCGAUAUUGGAAGAGGAGGUUAGAGAAGAUGUCAUUGUACUAGAGGCACCAGUACAUGGUGAAGAGGAACAAUUAGGUGAGACCAAGUAUAAACUGGCCAUUGACACGGUGGAAAACAUUGUGGCUAUUGGAACUAUCAUCAGUGUCGACCUUGAGACCAAACAGCAAACAAUCCAUGGUGUUCCACUUGGAGAGGAGAAUUUGCGGGUCUCUAUCACAGAAACUGUUGUUCCUGAAGCUUUGCUGCCAUUUCCCAUAAAAGAUGAGAUAGUGAAGGUCAAGGAUGCCAUUGGGACUUGUGUCGCUUGGCCGAGGAACCUUGUUAUUGCCCCUGCACCUGGUGGGAAGAAAAAACCAAAGCGUAAAAUUCCUAAUAGGCCACAGAAAGAUAUGUUUGAUGAUAAGGAAGACUUGCAAAUCCUGCCAUCGAAUCUCCCUGCACCUUUAAAGGACUUAUGCAUUUGGGCAAACAUUGGAUUGCGGAAUGGGGCAACCAUCCACGCCACUUUUGGACCAGAACUUUUUGGUCAUCCACAUAAAGCCUUUGUCUUUAGAAAGGACAUCUAUGCUAUGACACACUUGUUGGAAAUUUCAGGCAGCUGCGUUGUUUUUUACAUGAGCUACCUUCAAGGUGUGUUGAAGAAGGCUAAGAUGAAUGACAUGGUCGCCUUUGUCGACCCUGCUCACACGGGUGCAAGUGGCUGUGGAAAUCCAACCGAACGAGCUCGCUUAGUAUCAAAUCGGUUCAUAAAUGGGAAGUCUGGGCAGAUUUAUUUGGUCCCAUAUAAUUCAGGUGGUCAUUGGACGUUGUCUGCUGUGAAUCCAGCUGAAGAAACCAUUCACUUCAUGGAUCCGUUAAAGAGGCGACUCAUCGCUGGUGAAUGGAAAACAAUUCUGGACAACUCCAUUAAAUUCUACAAUGCACACAAGAAUAAGAAAGGGAGGAAAACCAUUCAAUGGAAAAAUCUUGCUGGCAUUCCGGAGCAGAAAGAUAGUAAGACUUGUGGGUAUUGGAUCAUGCGCUACAUGAAGGAGAUAGUGGAAGAUAAGAAUUUGGAGUUUGCAGCUAAAUGGGAAAGAAGGACAAAUCUUAUUUACACAGAAAAGGACAUUGAUCAAGUUCGGGCAGAAUGGGCGAAGCAUGUUAUCAUGUUUCCAGAUAUGUAGUGUGCGUGCUAGGAGGUUUGUCGAUGAUGAAUAGUUAGGGU